CUAUUACUAGCCUGCACUCUCCUUAUCAGCAGCAUAACUUGACUGUCUCUUCCUCUCUUACUCACCACCUUCGAUUAUUGACCAGUUACUCAUCAAUAUGCCUGUCAUCCCCUCGAGUUCCGACUUCCCAGCCCAACAAGGCAACAGCGACAACAACGCUCCAAACCAAGAGCAGAGGAACUCCGAUCAGGGAACUCAGAAAGCUACCAUGCUUGAUCACUUGUCCAAGGGUCCUCAAAUCCCUGACAGCAUGCCCCCCAAAGUCCCAAGGGAAGAGAUCGAGGCACGUAAGAAGGAACUGAACAAGUAGUAGAAGAAAUUUGACAAUGCCAAUGGGGUAUACGAUCGCUGUACGUUUAUGAAGCAAUCCUAUUUAAUAAUGUUAUGCUUGUAUCCCGGUCUCCAUAGUAGUUCUAAUCGCCCGAGGAUAAAUGUUCCUUUAAACCUUUAGUUAUAAUUAUUACCACACACAGACUUGAGAACCACAACUUCAACACCACAUUUACUGACCACACAUCCUGUGCAAUGAUAGAUAGACAGAGAUAGUCUCUUCUUCUCUGUAUAGACAAUCGUUC